UCGAUGCUGGGACGUCAGGCUUUUUGCUUGGCAGACUCGGAUGAAACUGCUAGUGAAAACAUAAUAUUAGCAGCAUUUUGAGUUUUAUUUAAUAUAUUUAACUAUAUAUAAAUAAUAAACCACAUAAAAAUAAACGACAAUGUCAGAAUUUGAUGAGUUUGAGAAGCAGCUAAGCGAAAAUCGGCAGGAAAGAGAAAAUGAACGUCACAAAAAAAGAAGUAGGAGCAAAUCACAAAGCCGCAGCGAGAAGCAUCACAGUUGGAGCAAGGACAGGGGCAGUCAUAGUCGAGACAAAAAACGACGCAGUCAGGAUCGGAAGAGUAAGAGCAGAGACAUACGGAGUAGGUCAAAGGAGCAGAAGAAACACAGUUACUCUCCACGAAGAUCCUGGAAGAAAAGAUCUUCUAAAUACUGGGAUGUUCCACCUCCAGGUUUUGAACACAUCACACCAAUGCAGUACAAGGCUAUGCAAGCUGCAGGGCAGAUCCCCAGUGCAGCUCUGCUGGCAAACUCCACAGUUAGCGGAGUAGCUGUCACCCCUACCCAGGUGCCGACAGUUGGCAGUCAGAUGACUCGACAGGCCAGACGACUCUAUGUGGGAAAUAUUCCUUUUGGUGUUACAGAGGAGUUAAUGGCUGAUUUCUUUAAUGCUCAAAUGCGUCUCGCUGGGCUAUCGCAGGCCCCUGGCAACCCGGUUCUUGCAGUCCAGAUUAACCAGGAUAAAAACUUUGCCUUCCUUGAAUUCCGUUCAGUUGAUGAAACUACACAGGCCAUGGCGUUUGAUGGGAUAAUAUUCCAGCUUCAGUCUUUAAAGAUCCGGAGACCUCAUGACUACCAGCCUCUACCAGGGAUUUCAGAACAACCCUCUCUUCAUGUCCCAGGUGUUGUAUCCACAGUUGUUCCAGAUUCUCCAAACAAGCUUUUCAUCGGUGGUUUACCUAAUUACCUCAAUGACGAUCAGGUAAAGGAACUUUUGUCGUCAUUUGGUCCUCUUAAAGCAUUCAACUUGGUGAAGGACAGUGCAACAUCAUUGUCUAAAGGUUAUGCCUUUUGUGAAUAUGUUGAUGUCAGUGUUACUGACCAGGCAGUCGUAGGACUGAAUGGCAUGCAGCUCGGAGACAAAAAGCUAAUAGUACAGCGAGCAAGUGUGGGGGCUAAGAAUGCUAAUCCGAGUGCAAUCAUUCAGACUCUGGUAACUUUGCAAGUACCAGGCCUCCAGACUUUUCAAAACACAGGAAUGCCAACAGAAGUGCUCUGCCUGUUAAAUAUGAUAAUGCCUGAGGAGCUGGUGGAGGAUGAUGAAUAUGAAGAGAUUUUAGAAGAUAUUCGUGAAGAGUGCUGCAAAUAUGGAAGCGUCCGAUCUAUCGAAAUCCCACGCCCAGUCGAUGGUCUUGAAGUGCCAGGCUGUGGCAAGAUCUUUGUGGAGUUUGUUUCAUCAUCAGAUUGCCAGAAAGCCAUGCAAGCACUCACUGGCCGAAAAUUUGCCAAUAGAGUGGUUGUUACAAAAUACUAUGAUCCAGAUAUGUAUCACAGACGUGAAUUCUAAGUGCUGUGCUAGGUGUGCACUAGAUCCCCAUCCUUUACUAAAGCACGCAAUUUGAUACGUUUAGAACCACCUUCCUACACCGUACUUUCAUGAUAGUACUAUUUAAAAAUAAUAACAAUAAUAAUACUAAUAAUUAUAAUAAUAAUAAUUGAAUCCAGUCACGUGCUGUGAAUGACUUGUAAUGAAAUAGUUUUAAUUUAAAACUUUGUUGGUGGCAACAUUGCCCCACCUGUCAUAGGUUUAUCAUGUGUCUGAGAUUGGUAAACAAGGCAUCAACUUGCAUAGCCCAUGUGAUUAUCUUUUUACAUCUAUUGGACGUGUAUCUGUACACCUCCCAAAAUUUGACCACAAGCAGCCAGGAAUUAAAGCAUCUUAAAACUGCGGCUACACUCAAAAUGGAAGGACUAUUUAAACUAUAUAGCAUGACAAGGUGUGUGGAUAUCACCCUUCGGUGACUUCAACCCUGUCAUGACCUAUUUCAUUUUUUAUUUUUUAUGUAUGCAUUACAGUAAUUGUAUUACAUUUAUCCAAGAUCUUAUUUCUUAGGAAAUAAGGUUAAGAAAAUUCAAUAAAAGAGCUUAUGUUAUUAAUACUAUUAAUUUAUUUUUAAAAACAGUUCUUCUGUACCUAAUUUCCACUAUCAGCAGUUCUCUUUAGUCAUUCAAACUGGGCCUCAGUGCUUAUCAUCUAGGUCCUUCAGUAGCUGGUGCAUCAUACAGAGAAUGGCCUUGUUGAAGCUUCUGUUUGAGACUUAAUAACUUUCUAGCAGUGUUUUUAUCAGGAGACAUUGGAUAAGUCAAAAUAAUAGGAUACAUAAGACCAAAUAAAAAGGCAGUUGGAUAAUUAGACCAAAAAUAGGCAGGAGGUUGCCGGUUAGAUUAGGUCAUUUCAGCAUAAUUUAAACAUGACUAGCCUCCAAUCAAACUGAGCAGCCUUGAAUGAAUAACUAUGAGAAAGCUGACAGGGAACGUGAAACAUACCCAACAAUUCCCUGAGAAUGAAGAUUUGCUGCUUGUGUGUAAAUUAGUAUGGGCCACACAGGUAAUGUAUACAUCACAAGAAGAGAAUGUUAUGGGGAUGCCAAUGCAUGACCACAAAACCUCCCCUAGCAACUUUCAGAGGAAUUUAAGAAUGGGUGUGACGUUGGGAUAACAUGAAUUAUUUUAUGCAAUUGGACAUACUCAUUCCGACAUACUGUCUGUAAAAUUAAAGCCCUUUUAUAAUUUUGAAUGAAUAAUUGCCCUUUCAGUAAGUGUUCUAUGACAGUAUAGGUCAAAAGUUCUUGGAGUAACAGUUUUACUUUUCCAUUAAUGGAGCAGAAUGUUCUUUGCAGUGUUCAGGUACAGCGCCUUUCUUGUUUCAUGACAUAAUAUAAAUAUUUAAUUGUGAGUGCAGGUUUGACAAGCUUUCAAAAGAACAUGGCAUUGCUAAGCCUUGGUUAAUCACACAUUUGUGUCAGCAUUUCUGGAAUGUAAGCAAAGAUCUAAAUUAUCAUUUUACAUUGCAACACACAAUGUAAAAUGUGAAUUAAGGGUUUUGGUUUAUUUUGUGUUACAACAUAUGGUGAAAAACCAUUGGUUCUCAAAUCAUAGAAUUGAUGAGACAAAGCGAUUUUAUAGGGUUUGCCAUGAGAAUGUUUUUUUAAAACCUUUUAUAAUAGUUUAGAAUUGUUUAGGAACAAGCGGUCAAGCCUUAUUCUUGAGGCAUGUUUAUGUUGAUUGCUCAUGUCUGUGUGUUUCUCACUGUCACAUCAACAUGAUUUUCUGUAUCUCUGGGACUCCAUUUCACCAACUUUAAAUUUACUUGUACCACCCUUUGAGAAUGUGUUGGGUGACCUUGAACGCAACCUUAUGUCCAAUGUGGCAGCUUUACAGUGUUUCCCAAACAGCUGAAUGGAUUUCUGUCAAUAUUUAGUUAGUAAUUACCCAUUAUAUAAAUGUUUGUUGAUUUUUGUUGAGCAAAAUAGCAAUCUGGCCGCUUUCUUUGUUUAUUAUUUCAUUUAUGUUUAAAUUAAAGUCUGUUCACGGUUACUUUUAAAAGGUUGAAUUGAUUUCCUGUUGUCGUUUUAUUUUGGACUUACAGUAGGAUGAUAUCAGUGUAUGUUGUGAUUAAUGCUGAUGGUAUUUUUUUAUAUUAUUAAAGUAAAAAAAAGUAUAUUGACAUGAUCAUUUUACUUUAUUUUGAGAAUUGUUUUGAGAUGAUAUUCUCAAAAUAUUAAAAAUGUAAUAAAACCCA